GUCCCUCCACUGUACAGAUGCGACACACACACCGUGACUGAGCGUCAACAUCUUAAAAACGCACAACCCGGUAAACACCGCCGCUGGAUCUGCUGUCAUUGGUUUCCUCAGUGCCGCUUUGAUCUCAGAUUGUCCGGUUUGUUAGUCGAUGUAAGAGAAAGAGAGCAGUAGAAGAGGAGGAGGCCACUCCUUUGUAAAACUGUGCGGACAUUCAACAAGCUGAUGCGGUGAUCUGUUUACAUUUACACAAGAGUUUGUGCUCAUACAUCAGAGCUGUGUGUUUGGAUCCUCCGGUAGAUCUUACGUUCAUGAACAUUCUCGUGUCGGAUCUUCAAGCAGUGACCCGAAUGCAGGCAAAAGUUGAGGAGAUCGUACUGCAGCACUAAGCCAGGACGCAGUGAAGUGAAAGCGCAGGGCUGCCCGCACAGAUCGCAGUCAUGUUGGAAGAGGACAUGGAAGUGGCCUUUAAGGUGGUGGUGGUGGGGAACGGAGCGGUCGGGAAGUCCAGUAUGAUUCAGCGAUACUGCAAGGGCAUCUUCACUAAGGACUACAAGAAGACCAUUGGGGUCGACUUCCUGGAAAGACAAAUAAUAGUUAACGGUGAGGACGUCAGACUGAUGUUGUGGGACACUGCAGGACAGGAGGAGUUUGAUGCCAUCACCAAAGCCUAUUACAGAGGUGCCCAGGCGUGUGUGCUGGUGUUCUCCACUACAGACAGAGAAUCAUUCGAGGCCAUCAGCAGCUGGAAGGAGAAGGUGGAGCUGGAGGUGGGGGACAUUCCCACUGUCCUGGUGCAGAACAAGAUUGAUCUACUGGAUGACACGGUUAUCAAAAAUGAAGAGGCUGAAGGUCUGGCUAAGAGACUGAGAUUAAGAUUCUAUCGGACAUCAGUGAAGGAAGAUCUCAAUGUUAAUGAGGUUUUUAAGUAUCUAGCUGACAAAUAUCUACAGCGACUCAAGCAACAGUCAGCAGAGGAGCCAGAGGCCGUUCACACAUCCAGCAAUAAAAUAGGGGUUUUCAACACUACUGGUGGCAGCCACCCAAACCAGAACUCCAGUGAUCUGAACGGCUGUGAGGUCAUAAACCUGCGACCAAACAAGCAGAGGACGAAGAAGGCAAAAAACCCUUUCGGUAGCUGCAGAUUGCUGUAGACUGUCUCGUGUUCGACGGUAUGCCUUGACUGCCUCGUUAGGAUUGUUGUGUCACAGGUGAUAAGAGGCUUCAUUAGCGCUAAAGAGAAGUCGCAUGUCCACUCUGAACGUGCAGAGCAGAUCUAUUUAUAUUCUGUGGUCACAUCUGUUGAUUUCAUACAUGUGGUUGACUCCUGUGAAUGAGCCUCUUGUGAGGUGACUGCUGCAGGCUGAAUGUUUGGGAGCUAGAUCCCUCUGGUGGCUUCAAGUGCUUAAAACACUAGUUUGAAAAUUAGAAACAGUAUUCCUCAAUCCUUAUAGGAGUAGUUCACCAAGAAAUAACAAUUCUGUCACUGUUUACUUGCCCUGCUGAUAUGCUGACAUUUUUCUGUGGUAUAAAAAAGUAGAAUUUUUGAAGAAUCUUUGUGCCGCUUCAUGCUGAAGAGAAGAUUUUUCAUGAAUAAAGAAAAUUAAGACCUUAAUAUCAUUGUGUUUUUCACACAAAGCAGAUGUCUUCAGAAGACUUGGAAUAUAGCGCACAAGUCACAUGGACUACUUUCAUGUUGCAUUUAUAGUGUGUUUUUGGACAUUUUUGCGGCUUGACAGCCGUUGUCACUAUGACCUGUCAUUGUAUAGAAAACGGUUACGCGAAGAUUCUUGAACAAUUCUUCUUUUGUAUAUUAGGGGAAAAUAACAGCAUAUGGGGUAGAAAUGUUAUGAGAGAGAGUAAAUGAUGACAGCACUUUUCUUUUUUUAAAGAAAACUGUUCCUUAAAAGUGUUUAAUUUCUGCACCACUAAGUGACACCAAACUUAACUGGAAUAAUAUUUUUUUUUCAAACACUCCCUCAUCUGCAGUUUGGAUAAACAUGUCUGCCUCCAACUCAUGCCACUGGUUGAGCCAGUGUUGUUAUGUCCAGCCCACUCAUUCCGUUCAAAAACAUAUUGCAGUUGCUUUUGGUGACACUAAUGGAACAGAAUUACACAUUUUGAAGUCGUACGACAUGUUUCUUGGUCCUAAAAGUCAAAUACUCAUGACUCAGUGACUGAUAAUAGAUUGAAGUUGUAAUAAGAUAGUUUUGUACAAAUAUUGACAUUUUUAGACGCUCCCCUUAAUCACAUUUUAACAAUGAUUGUGGUGGGAUUUUAAUUUGAUAUCCCCACAUGAAAGAUUUAAAAGACAUAAAAUGUAAGAAUAUAUUUUCUCACAGUCAAAUAUUUAGUGAGUUACUAAGAUGUGCAUUAUUUCAAUGUGGUACACCGCAGGGUAAUGUUAAAAUUUUCAGUGAGAUUACUUCUUCAUUUUUACAAAACACCAUUUGUGCAUUUUGACUGUUCGUCGUUUGUGCAAUAUGUUUGUAUUGAUUGAGAUACAUCUUUUGCUAUCACAAUCUUCCCUUAAAAGUAAUGUUCAUUUGUAGGAUGAACAUUUUCAACCCAUGUUCUUAUAGGUAUUUUUGUAUAAAAAAUGUUAUAAAUUAAUGACUUACUGAAAUCCAUAACACAACACAGUGCCAAAAUAUUUGUAAACUACUUUCUUUUAUGAAAUGUAAAUAGCGUUAAUGAAUGGAUGAAUAAAUCACAGAUUUCUACAAUAUUUCAAAUAAAAUCAACAUCCUAGAAACACAUUAAUAAUAUCAUCUGAAACUUUGACAUAUUCUAACAUAAUGCCAAAUGCAAGACAUUUAAUUAGAACAGGGACCGAGAACAAGAGAAAUGCAAACGUAUUCUUAUUGGAUAAGCAAAAAUUACUUUUUUUAUUUAAUUCAACAUAGCUAAAUAUAUAAACUACCGGUCAAACGUUUUGAAACACUUACUCAUUCUUUAUUAUACUUUUUUGUCAUAUUUUAGAAUAAUAGUAAAGUCAUCAAAACUAUGGAAUAACAUAAAUGGAACUAUGGGAAUUAUGUUGUGACUAAAAAUCCAAAAGAAAUCAAAACUGUGUUAUAUUUUAGCAUCUUCAAAGUAGUCACCCUUUGCCUAGAAUUUGCAGACAUGUACUCUUGACAUUUUCUCAACCAACUUCUUGAGGUAUCACCCUGGGAUGAUUUUAAACAGUAUUGAAGGAGUUCCCAUCUAUGUUGGGCACUUAUUGGCUGCUUUUCUUUAUUAUUUGGUCCAAGUCAUCAAUUUCAAAAACUUUUUUUUUUUUUUUUAUUAAAUUUUAGUUUUAUAAUGAAAUAAAUUAAUAUGUUGGCACAAUUAUAUUUUAGUCUACAAAACUAAUUUCAAACAUUUAAGCAUACGCCUGCAGAUCAAAAGAUUUUUAAGAUCAUGAGAAACAUUUCAGUCAAGUGUUUCAAAACUUUUGACUGGUUGUGUAUGUGUAUGUGUGUGUAUGUGUGUGUAUGUGUGUGUGUGUGUGUGUGUGUGUGUGUGUGUGUGUGUGUGUAUAUAUAUAUAUAUAUAUAUAUAUAUAUAUAUAUAUAUAUAUAUAUAUAUAUAUAUAUAUAUAUAAAUGCAACAUUAAAAUAUAUAUUAUAAUUUCAUAUUUAUUUGCUGUAAAGUUGUUUAAAAAGGUAUUUUCUUCUUUUUUUAAAAUCAACAGAAGCCAUCCUUUCAUCCAAACAGUCAAUGUUGUCAAUAGUACGUAAAAAAAAAAAAUUAGGUUAAAAUUAUAUUUACCAACUCUAAUUUGUUCUUUUUUUAACUAAUGAAGUUUAAAUUAAAGACAUUAACUAGAGGUCGACCGAUAUAUCGGUUUUACUGAUUAAUCUGUGCCGAUAGUUGCUUUCUUUUUCUUUAUUCCGCUAUGUUCCUAUAUAUAUUUAUAUAUAUACACGUACAUACACAUACAAAACCCUUCAUCUGGUGAAUAUAGGCCUAUAGGCUAUAAAAGGUUUAAUUUAAUGUUGCAUUUUAUCUUAACAGCAAAUAUUAAUCCUCGCAAAUAUUCCGUAAAUAUACCAUAAAUAUCUCUUAGCCCUUCCACUGCUGCUUGUUCAUGCACACAAAUCAUUGUUGCUUACAUUUCAAUAAUUUCAUUUUUGCUUUUGUGAAAUAUCAAACACUCAGCUUAAAGUUAUGAUGUGUUAUAUCAUGUGAACUACUUGAGUUGAUAUUCUUAAUUGGGAAGUAAAUACACAUACAUUUUAAAUGGAUUACUCUUAAACAUACUUUUAGCACCAUGAAAUUCUAAUGAUUAUAUAAAAAUCAUUCAAAAACGAAUUGGUUAAAAUUAGCUUUGAAUAACAAUGAUACCUCACCCAUCACCCAUUCAAUCUUGAGCUAAAUUGCACUGAUAUGAAAACGACUUUGAACACAGUAUUAGGCUUUAUAUUUGUUCAGGAAAUCGCACAAGUAAACAUUAAAGAAAAGUGAUUAUUUUUUUUGUGUGAAACUAUUUGCAAAAGAAAUUGCAUUCACAGAGGAUUUAUAACUAAAACCUGCCUCCCAAAGUAACAGAGCCUUAACCACUAAAGCCAUACGAAACAAACAUGACACAACAAGAGUAACUAAUCAUUAACUAAUAAUCAUUAACUAAUAAGUUACUUGAACAUAUGAAUAACUGAUUAGAUGUGUGAAUUAUGUAAACAGUAGCAAACAAAAUGCAUCAUAUUUUCCAUUAAGUCAACAUUGAGGGUGGAAUAUAUUGAUUUUGUAAGGGAUAAUGUACUGUCAAUGCAGUCAUUAUCACAAAAUAAUCCUGUAUCCCUCUGAAGGGGUUUAUUUUGCGAUAAUUACCAUCUGACUGUACAUUAUCCUACGUAUACUUACCAAAUAAAUGGACAUUAAAUAUUGAUUUGAGUUUUUUUCUAUUAUGUGAAAAGAGAGACAUGAAAAUAGCACAGCUUUGUUAGAAAAUCAUUGUACAGUCAUUAUACAAAAGGAUUUGAUGGCAGAAUCAAGUAGUUCAUAGAGCCAUGUAAUAUAUAUUGCUUUGUAUAUUUUACAAAUGAAUCGGCUGAUUCAUUUGAUUCAUUCUGAUUCAUCUGUGCAGAAUUGUUCACCCCUCACUACCAGUUCAGAAUUUGACUUGUGAAAGGAAAACAGUCCAUUUCAACAGGUUCUGUGGUCCAAUUAGAAAUAUUUUCCAUACAUAAUUCACUUGUUUCAUGUGUCUUCAUUUUUGAUUGAAUGUAUUUAUUCAUGAAACGCAUGCCUUGCUUUUGUUUACGUUUGAAUGUGGAACCAUGGUACUUUGCCACGACAGCCUUUACGUUUACAUUGCUGAUCAACUUUGCGUUAACUGACUCUCAUUAAUUCUUGAUUUAACUGAUUUUUGUUGAUAUUUUUGUUGAUAUUAGCCUCAAAUGAGUUAAUACAUGGCGACACUACAAUGGACUGAAGGCACUUUGUUUACCUGAUAACUGCUAGGUUAUAAUCUACAUUAAGGAUACAUCUAUGUCUAAUAGUAAAACUGUUCUGUCUUUAGUUUUCCAGUUAUAUUUUUACUGGUGUAUUGUAUACAGUACAUGACUUUCUAAUAAAUGUUAAUGAGCAGAGGUGUGAUUUUUCACUGUAUAUGAUUAGGAUCAUUACAGGACUGAUGUCAUUUCUGGUGUGCCACUCAGUUCUGCAGGUGAUACUUUGAUCUGUUCUGUUUUUGGUUUAUUGGAUGGUUGUCAAAAGAGGAAAAUAAAGCUUCUAUUGUAGCUGUUUGCUUUCAUUGAACUUUCAGUGACCACCUAAAAUAUGCAUGGCUAUAAAAUAAUUUUGAAAAUGUGUUUUUAAUACUUUUUUUUUAGCAAAGAAUUUGCGAUCGAUACAUGCAUAGCAUCAUGGUAAGUUUAGAACAUUAGUUCCGACUAUUCCUGCCGACAACGGUAAUUGGAUGAGCAGUGUCAAAGCCACUGUCAAAUGCAGAUAAACGCAGAUAUGUCACUGCACAUUCUACGUAUUAAUGUGCUAAAUUACAUCGCUUGGCAAUCAUAAACAGCCUACAGAAUGAUCUGACUUAUUAUUAAUAUGUUACUAUGGAAGAAUUGUUUAUUAAUGUUAAUAAAUUCAACUACUUAUUGAA